GAUCAACACAACAACUACACAUAUAUAAAUAUUUUUUAUUAUUUGCCAAUUUGCCAAUAAGCCUCCAACUCAGACCCUUUCCACUUUUUUUCUCUUUCGUUUCAAAACAAAAACAACAUUCAUUCUCUUUUCUUCAUCAACCUUGUCAUUGCUUUUUUCCAUUUUAUAUACCCUAAAAAAAAAAAAACAACCCAGAAGGUGAAAUACUCAAAAAAGUGACAAAUUCAUAAUCAGGAUUUGGAAAAAUAUGAUUUUUCCAACAUGGGUUUGUUUUUCUGCUGAUUUGUGUGCCUCUGUUCUGUAGCAUUAGUCUGCUGCAACAUGAUUUCAUUGUUUGAUUAUCAAGAAAACUUGAAGAAUGGUUCGUCAAACUGAUUUAGUUAUCAUUGGUGUCUCUGUUGGUUUGGCCCUUGGAAUUCUGAUUUCUUGCCUCAUAUUUUUCGGCAUAAGGUGGUGCAAGAAACGUUCUCAUCUUACUCGAUCUGCUAGUGAGCCUAGUUUAACAACUCUCCCAAUACGAACAAAUGGAAUUGAAGCAAGUACCGACUUUAGUGCAUCCAUCACUAGUUCCAUAGGCACAUCAAGGUCAGAUAAUCAACAGAAAAAUUCCCAUUUCACUUGGUGGAAUCAUCAAAACAAAGAUCGGUUUGCUUCAGCAUCAGGCAUUCUAAAGUAUUCGUACAAAGAACUUCAAAAGGCCACACAAAAUUUCACGACUACCUUGGGACAAGGAUCAUAUGGUACAGUUUAUAAAGCCACAGUAUCUACCGGAGAGGUGGUAGCUGUGAAGGUGCUAGCAAACAAUUCCAAACAAGGGGAGAGAGAAUUCCAAACCGAGGUUUCUCUACUAGGAAGACUGCAUCACCGGAAUCUUGUGAAUUUGCUUGGAUAUUGUGUAGAUAAAGGACAACACAUACUGGUUUAUCAGUACAUGAGCAAUGGAAGUUUAGCAAGUAUUUUAUAUGGUGAAGAAAAGAAGUUAAGUUGGGAUGACAGGCUGCAAAUUGCUGUUGAUAUUUCACAUGGAAUCGAGUAUCUUCAUGAAGGAGCAGUUCCACCAGUCAUACAUCGCGAUUUGAAGUCUCCGAACAUAUUGCUUGAUGAUUCUAUGAGAGCUAAGGUUGCUGAUUUUGGCCUCUCAAAGGAAGAGAGAUUCGAUGGCCGAAAUUCCGGUCUUAAAGGUACAUAUGGUUACAUGGACCCGGCGUACAUUUCGACAAGCAAAUUAACAACCAAGAGUGACAUAUACAGUUUUGGUAUCAUACUUUUUGAGCUCAUCACUGCCAUCCAUCCACAUCAAAAUUUGAUGGAAUAUAUUAACCUUGCUGCAAUGGAACAUGAUGGUAUAGAUGAGAUACUUGACAAGCAACUUGUUGGAAAAUGCAAUGUUGUAGAAGUAAGACAACUUGCUAAAAUUGCACACAAAUGCUUACACAAAUCACCUAAAAAAAGACCUACUAUAGGUGAAGUUUCACAAAGUAUAUCAAGGAUAAAGCAAAGACGGUUGCGCCAUGUGAUGGAAGAUAACUUGUCAUUUGCAAAUAGUAAUAACUUCUCAAGAGCUGCGAGUCGAUUAGAAGAUCGACAAGUUGAAUUAAGUAGGAUAGUUACCAUGACCAUCAAAGAAAAUGUAUGAAUAGAGUUACUCGCCCUAUAUGUGGUGAGGUUGAAAAUCAAAUCUUUGUUGUAGUCCACAAGGGACCAUGGAAAGUUUCUAUCUAAUCUAAUUAAACGACUACUACAAAGAUGAAAAUUGAUGGUCCAAUAUUUUACAAAAA